AAAGAAAACUAAGCAAACUAUUUAUAACAGCCUAUCGUCAAGAUAACAAUUAAUUAAGAUAUAUUUGAAAGGAAUCGAAUGAAUUAAGACAUGUGACGAAAUAUUUGCCAUCAACUAAAGUUCAAUAUUUCCUGAAUUAGUAUGCCUUGAUUGAUUCUGAGAAAGAGACGUAGUCCACCUAAAUACUAAUAAUUAAUUCUUUCUAACGAAACCCAUUAGCUUAUGGUGCUUAACUUUUUUUUUUUUUUUUUCCCCUUAUCCUGUUUUGUUUUCUUAUUUUUAUUUGUUUUUUUUUUCUUUUUUUGUUUCUUUUCCAAUUUAAAAUAACAGGUUGAUGACCCUACCUUAUUAAAUAUAUGCAUACAAACUCAAAUAAUAAUGUCGGUGACAAGUCAAAGACAAACAGUAUGUUCAAUCAAAGACAAUUCCAUGAAUUAAAAAUAUAAACGCACACAUAAUUCAUGCAUUUCCAUCUAGGCGGCUUCCAUUUUCUCUUAUUAAAUUUCAACUUUUUAUUAAUUUGUUACCUCAAUUAACAAUAUGAUUUCAUUGCUCCAAUUGUUUCCAAAUUAAAAAAAGGAAAACACUUUUUCUUGGUUGACUAUUCCCUCUUGACUAAUUAUGCCUCUUCCUUCAAAACCAAACCACUCCUACCAUUCUAGACGCUCUCUCUCUUUUUUCUGUUUUAGUCUGACAUACACGCUUCGGUCCCCGUCCUUGUAUAUACGCAGGAUCAAUUUGGUUGAACACCCAAAAACAAAAAAAAAAUCUUGCUAGCGUUUUGUGAAAGAGGAAAAUGGGUGUAUUUUCGACCUGUAGCUGCAAGAUUGUUCCAAUUUUGGUUUAUGGGAUUGUGGUAUGGAAUUGUUUCACUGGGUUUGGCAUUCAUGCUCAACUUCUUCCCCAAGAUGAAGUGCGAAGUCUGCAAGCAAUUUCAAAAGCACUUAAAUUGGAAAAUAUUUGGAACGUGAGCGAAACUUCUUGCAACCGAAUAGCUGAAGAUUUUAAUGUCACCAAGGUAGCUGCGAAAACCUCCGUUCUUGGCAAUGUCACGUGCGUUUGUUCUUCUCAAAAUAGCUCCGUUUGCCACGUCAAAACCAUCCAAUUGAAAGGCCUCAAUUUAACUGGGGAUUUACCGGCAGAAUUUGGAAAUCUUACUUCUCUAGAAGAACUAGAUCUCACUCGCAAUAGUAUUAGUGGAUCAAUCCCUGCAAGUUUGUCUCGUGCUCCCCUUCGCAUUUUAUCACUUUUGGGUAACAGACUCACUGGCACAAUUCCUAAGGAAAUUGGUGACAUUUCUACUCUCAGAGUGCUGGUAUUGGAACAGAAUCAGCUUGGAGGUUCUCUUCCAGAAGAGAUUGGGAAUUUGAGAAAUUUGGAAAGAUUGGUCUUAUCUGCAAACAAUUUUACAGGAACAAUUCCACCAACACUUGGAAAUCUAAAGAACCUAACUGAUUUUAGGAUAGAUGGGAACAAAAUAACAGGAAGCAUACCUAGUUUUAUUGGAAAUUGGACCAAACUCGACAGACUAGAUAUGCAAGGAACAUCUAUGGAGGGCCCUAUUCCUUCUAACAUAUCAUUGUUAUCAAACUUGGUUCAAUUAAGGAUAUCUGAUUUGACCGGACCGGUUAUGACUUUUCCCGAUUUGAAGAAUGUGACUAAAUUAAAAAGAUUGAUACUGAGAAAUUGCUCACUUACUGGUUCAAUUCCUGGUUUUAUUGGGCAGAAUAUGACAGAUCUAAAUACCCUGGAUCUAAGCUUCAAUAAUUUGACUGGUGAGAUUCCAGAUACGCUUAAAAGUCUUGGAACUGGGAAACAAAAGCAUGUAUUUUUGACCAACAAUUCACUCUCUAAAGUCGACUGGUCUUGGAUUACUAAUGGGGAGAGGAACUGGGAUUUAUCUUACAACAAUUUUACAGAAAGGCCAUCUUCAGUUGAUUGCACAUUUUUGAACUUGAAUCUAGUUUCUAGUUACUCAUCUUUCGAGACUCAAUCGUGGUGCUUGACAAAGGACCUCCCCUGUCCUGAAACACAAAGGCAUAAGUCUUUAUUUAUAAAUUGUGGAGGAGACAGUCUGAGUCAUAAUGGCAACCAGUAUGAACAGGACAAAAGACCUGAUGGUAUAUCGAACUUUGUUUCUGUGAAUCAGAAAUGGGGUUACAGCAGUACAGGAGUCUACAUGGAUGAUGAAGAUAACCAAUCUCCAGAUUUCCUACCAACAAACAUAUUUUCUCUCAAGACCGAUGCAGAAAUAUAUAAUACAGCUCGAAUUGCCCCUUUAUCUCUCAAGUACUAUGGCCUUUGCUUGCAAAAGGGUAGGUACAAAGUGCAGCUCCACUUCGCUGAAAUUAUGUUCACCGAUAACCAGACAUUUAGCAGUUGGGGAAGACGCAUAUUUGAUGUCUCAAUUCAGGGGAAUGUAGUUUUGAAAGAUUACAAUAUUGUGGAAAGAGCUGGAGGAGUUGGAAAAAGUGUGACCGAGACGUUUGAUGCUACAGUUCAUGGUAGCACUCUGGAGAUCCACUUAUACUGGGUAGGAAAAGGGACCAGUGCAAUUCCUUAUGCGGGUGUUUAUGGACCUCUUAUAUCUGCUAUUACCAUCACAAAAAUUGAAGGCCAGGGGCUAUCUGUUGGAGCAAUUAUCGGCAUCGUUGCUGCAUCAUGUGUGCUUGUCAUAUUGAUAUUGUUAGUCCUCCGGAUAACUGGUUACUUGGGGGGAAAACAAAACGAAGAUCCAGAGCUGAGAGGGAUAGAUCUACAAACAGGACGUUUCACAUUAAGACAAAUGAAAGCUGCCACUCAUAAUUUUGAUCCUGCAAAUAAAAUAGGUGAAGGAGGCUUUGGGCCAGUUUACAAGGGUGUGUUGUCAGAUGGUGGUGUAAUUGCUGUCAAGCAGCUCUCAGCCAAAUCAAAGCAAGGGAACCGAGAAUUUAUAAAUGAAGUCGGCAUGAUAUCUGCAUUGGAGCACCCUAAUCUUGUGAGGCUCUAUGGCUGCUGUAUUGAAGGAAAUCAAUUGCUGCUUGUAUAUGAAUACAUGGAAAACAAUAGCCUUGCAAGUGCACUAUUUGGUAAUGAGGAAAAAACAAUCAGGCUUGACUGGCCAACAAGAAAGAAGAUAUGCUUGGGAGUAGCAAGGGGUUUAGCUUAUCUUCAUGAGGAAUCUAGGUUGAAAAUUGUUCAUAGAGAUAUUAAGGCAACAAAUGUACUGCUUGACAAGAAUCUGAAUGCCAAAAUCUCUGACUUCGGUUUGGCUAAGCUUGACGAAGAAGAGAACACCCAUAUCAGCACACGUAUAGCUGGAACAAUAGGUUAUAUGGCUCCUGAAUAUGCAACAAGAGGUUACUUGACGGACAAGGCAGAUGUAUACAGCUUUGGAAUUGUGGCUUUAGAGAUUGUGAGUGGGAAGAGCAACACAAGUUACAGGCCAAAAGAAGAGUUCACAUAUCUUCUUGAUUGGGCCUAUGUCCUACAAGAAAGAGGAAAGCUCUUAGAUCUAGUGGAUCCCAGUCUUGGUUCGAACUACUCCAAAGAGGAGGCAUUGACAAUGCUAAACUUGGGGCUUUUGUGCACAAAUACAUCUCCCUCACUCAGGCCAACCAUGACUUCUGUGGUGAGUAUGUUGGAACAGAAGACUCCGGUGCCAGAACAAAUAAUGAGGCGGAUUUCAGUGGAGCAAGAUGCAAGGUUGAGAGCCUUUGAGAAGCUAUCACAAGACAGCAUGACACAAUCAUCUACUGUCUCACAUGAUAGUCACCAAAUAGGCAUUUCUAUGGAUGGUCCUUGGGUUGAUUCUUCAUUCUCUAUCCAGAGUAAGGAUGAUAGACAUGAAAAUUCUUCAACCAGCAAGCUUCUCUAGGAUUUUUUAUUUUUUAUUUUUUAAAUAAUGUAAUUCAGAAUUGAUCAGGAAAAGAGACUACAUGAACAACAGGGUUUUGAAAAUCUUAUUUGAGUAUUUUUUUCAUUCUUUUGUAAAGGGACAUAAUAUACACCAUAUAUGUACAUGUACUUAAUGUUGAUCGAGCUAAUUUAUUGAAAGAUCUUUCUUUCUUUUUUUUUUUUUUAAAAUUAUUAUUUUUAUUUAUAAUAACAUUUCUGAAUUUCACAAUUUGAUGAAAUUGUGUUUAUAAAGGAAGUUGAUUUCUUGUUUUUUGACAUCUAUUGUUAAAAGGAGGGUUAAAACGAUUUAAAUCUAAUGAAAUUUGGUAGUGUUUUAAAUAAUUUAAUUUAAUAUUUCAAAUUAUCAAUCCGAGCCUUACUUUGUCUUUUAGCAAUGGGAUGAUACGAAGAAAAUUUAAAGGGGAAAUACAUUUUUUUUUUUUUGCUGAAGGGGGAAAUACAUUUUUAGUUAAACGAUAAUAAUAGUAAUUAGAUGUCACAUCACUGAUCCCAAAUUAGCAUGCAUCUCUAUGUUAGCUACAAAUUCCAUAUUGGUUUUUUUCAGCAAAGAAAUAAAACACUCCACAUGGGCUUCAUGGAGGGAUUAGGUGUGAAAUUGCUUUAUGUGCACACCCCUAUUCAUGAGCCUUAAAUUCAUUGCUUUAAAGUUUUGGGAAAGAAAAUAAAAGAACAUUUCCCUAACCCACCCACACCCCAACCCCACCCCACCCCACCCCCCCCCCCCCCCCCCCCCCCCUGCUGCGCCAGUUUCUUCAUUUUUGCAUUAGUUUUGAUAAACCAAAGAAGAAAAAAAAAAAAAAAAAUCUGAUACUUUUUCUUUUAGGAAUGAGAUGAUACGAAGAAAAUUUAAAGGGGAAAUAAUUUUUACUUAAAAAAUAAUAAUAAUAAUUACAUGUCACAUCACAUAUCCCAAAUUAGCAUGCAUCUCUUCGUUAGCUACAGUUCCAUAUGGGUUUUUUUCAGCAAAGAAAUAAAGAACUCCACAUGGGGGGAAUAGGUGUGAAAUUACUUUAUGUGCACACCCCUAUUCAUGAGCCUUUAAUUCAUUGCUUUCAAGUUUUGGGAAAGAAAGUAAAGCCUUUAAUUCAUUGCUUUCAGGUUUUGGGAAAGAAAAUAAAAAGAACAUUUUUUUUUUUUUUUUCUUCCCUUUCACAUGUUAUCUUCUCUAUUGCGCCAGUUUCUUCCUUUUACAAAAUGACGUAUUAUAACCAUUGCCAAUCACUCACUCCCAAGUCCCAACACUGUUUUCUUUUCUGUUUCUUCUCUUUUAUAACCAUGACAAAUCACUCACUCCCAACUAUGCUCCUUCUCUGUUUCUUCUCUUCUAUAACCAUUGACAAAUCACUCACUCCCAACUAUGCGUGUUCUCUGUUUCUUCUCUUUUAUAACCAUUAGUAAUCACUCGCUCCCUACUAUGUGUCUUCUCUUUUGUAAUCAUUACCAUAUCACUCACUCCCAACUCUGUUUCUUAUUCUUGUUUUUGGGUUUUCUAAGUUUGGAGAUCUCAUGCUAAUGCCUAAUGAUUAAGGGUAUACUGUCAGAUGGUGCUGUAAUUGCUGUCAAGCAGCUCUCAGCCAAAUCAAAAGCAAGGGGAGCGAGAAUUUAUUAACAAGGUUGGAAUGAUACCUGCAUUGAAGCACCCUAACUUUUGAGGUUCUAUGGUUGCUGCCUUGAAGAAAAUCAUUUGCUGCUAUUGUAUGAAUACAUGAAAAUCAAUAGCCUUGCCGAUGCACUUUUUGGUAACAAGGGAAAUCCCAAUCGGCUGGAUUGGCUAAUAAGAAAGGCGAUAUACUUGGGGGUAGCCAAGGGGGUUAGCUUAUCUUUAAGAGGAAUCAAGGUUUUGUUCAAAAGGACAUUAAGGCAAUCAAUGCUCCACUCGAUGGGGAUUUAAAUACCAAGAUCUCUAACUUUGAUUUGGCUAAGCUUGAUGAAGAAAGAUAACACCCAUAUCAGCACAAGACUAGAUGUAAAUAUGUAGGUGGACUUGAGCAACAAAAAGGAUAUUUUUGAUUGAGGCAAAUCAAAACUAUCACAGAUAAUUUUAACCCUGCAAUAAGAUAGGUGAAGGAGGCUUUGGUCCAAUAUAUAAGAUAGUAAUUUUUCUGGUAAACUUUGGCUUAUCAGUAAAGUUUAUUAAUAGAAAGUCAAAGUUUAGUAGAAAAAUAUAUUACCUUGCAAACUGGAUCAAAGCUUCCUUCACCAAUCUUAUUUGCAGGGUUAAAAUUACCAGUGGUAGCUUUAGUUUGUCACAAUGUGAAAUAUCCCUUUGCAGCUCAAGUUCACCUACACUGUUCAGCUAGUCUUGUACUGAUGUGCAUGUUGACUUCUUCAUCAAGCUUAUUCAAACCAAAGUUGGAAAUCUUGGCAUUUAAAUCCCUAUCGAGGAGAACAUUGGUUGCCUUAAUGUCUUUAUGAACAAUUUUCAACCUUGAACAGGCUCCAAUUUUGACUUGCUUAUGGGCAUUUGCUUCUCUAGAAUUUUUUAUAUAAUGUAAAUUCCUGAUUUGAAAUUUGUUGCGUUCUUGUAAAGGGACAAACCAUACACUAUAUACAUGUACUUAAAGUUGGUUGUGCUAAUGUAUUGAAAGAGCUUUCUUUUAAAUUAUA